UUCCACUGAGAAUGAAUCAAUGUUAAUUAAUAGUCUAUCGAACUAGCCCUUCUGUAAUUAUAACAAUAAACAGGUUUGUGGAACUUUGGUUUGCAUUAUGCAUUUGCAAGCAUGUAAUAGGCUAUCUAUCCACUUGUAGGGGGCGUCUUCCUUUCAAAACAGUAUUUAAAAAAAAAACAUAAACCAAAAAAAAAACAAUAAAUGAAACAAGGUUGAACACAAAGCAAUGGUCAGAAUUGAAUAAAAACCCAUAAUGGUAAUUGCCAGUGUGUUCUGCGGUCUGUCCUUCGGUGACGCGGUGUGACUUCACUCGGAGGCUGAGCAGCACGCUCCGCGCAGCUCGCACCGACUCCUCUGCUUCUCUCUGCGGGCGCCAGGCUGCACUAAGCCGGAGGGAUGGAGUCAGCGGGCGCGUACGGAGCCGGUAAGGCCGGCAGCGUCACCUUCGAUCCGGUCGCAUUCUUCACGCAUCCCCGGACAGUGCUCAGACUGAUGUCGUGGGUCUUCUCCAUGGUGGUGUUCAGCUGCAUCGUGAACGAGGGCUACAUCAACAUCGGCAGCGAGCGUUUGCUAUGCGUCUUCAACAACAACGCUGACGCCUGUAACUUUGGUGUUACCAUAGGCGUGGCCUGUUUCCUCGGCAGCAUCUUUUUCCUGAUCCUGGACGUUUACUUCCCCUCCAUCAGCAGCGUCAAGGACAGAAGACGGGCUGUCCUGCUGGACCUCGUCUUCUCUGGUCUUGCCAGCUUCCUAUGGUUUGUUGGCUUCUGUUUUCUGGCCAAUCAGUGGCAGGCUACCUCUCCAGACGAGCUGCCAUUGGCCCAAGGCUCCGACGCCGCCAGAGCCACCAUCGCUUUCUGCUUCUUCUCCAUCCUGACCUGGGCUGUAUUGACCCUGAGCGCACUGCGGCGCUUCUUAACCGGAAGCAACAGAAACUUGUUCACAUGGCAACACCUGGAGCCUCCCGCGGGCAGCGCUCGAGCCACACCGUACCCUAUCGCUAACGGAGCUACCAUAGUAACCACUAACCCCUAUCAGGCUCCGCCCUUCACUGAGACCCUGGACCCCCAGAAGCUCACACAGCAGAGACCUGUGGCCCCUGCCUUCUAGAGACAGACAAACAGAGGUGUGUGUUGAGUGACACUGCGUACGACCAUACACCCAUGCGUACAACGCGGGCACGGACUACUUCCUGCCUCGCUGAUAAAUGGUUUUCCACCCUCUCAUGGGAUUGGCGAGAUUUAGGGUCAUGUGACGAUGUAUGAGCUAUUUUCACCAUGGCAACUGCUGGCUCAGCUUAGAUAGUUGUAACUCUGUGUGUCGAGAAUACUGUCUUCUGUUAAUGCAUACACACUCACACACACAGAUAUAGAUGCACGGAAACACAGCUGUACUCACUCACCACUGGAUAUAAACACCUGGAAACACAAAUGUAUACACACCUGGAGGCACACACACACACACACACACACACACACACACACACACAUACACACACACACACACACACACACACAUACACACACACACACCCUGACUGCAUGUUCAUACGGCGAGGUGCAGAGUAACGUUAGAUGUAGAUCAGUGAUGAUGCUUCAUCUGCCUUAUGAAGGGAUACAAAGUAUUUAGUGAAGGAAGUAUUGAGGACAGUGAAGCUGUGUAGCUACUGUUUACUACUCAGUCAGUCCGCCCAAUCAGAAGCUGCCCUGCAGACAUGUGGCACUUGAUUGGCUGUUUCAAGAAAGGCAGGCAGCUUGACAAAUAGACUGCUUGGAUAUGAGCGAGGGGCGGCAGAAAUCCUUAUAUUUUCUUGGCAAGAAAAUAAAGGCAAGACAGCUUAAUGCAUUCUGAAUGCUGUACGGUUUCAGUGUUAAAUAUUCAUGUGAUUCAAUAUUUUAUUGUGAUAUGAUGAAGUGGUCAAAUUAAUUAUGUAAAAAUAAAAUCUAUCCACCACCGCUAUCAGAGCUGUGAGUCUGCCUUUGUUCCUGUAAUCUUUAAAUAAUGUCAUAUUUGCUUCUUGCAAUGCGAGCAACUCAUUUUAAUAUGCUUAUGUAUUGACACCCAGAUCCAAGUAUGUGUUUUAUAUAUUACUCAACAUCUGCUGGAGGACCAUGACAAGCUAUUUUUAAUAAUUAACCCUAAAGAACUUUUGGAUUAAGCGAUUUAUGAUGAAAGACAUUAACAGGGUAUAUGCAGAUAUAUCCUUUUUUGAUUGUAAAACAUCUUAUUUAAUAUAGCACUUUUUUAAAUUUCAAGUAACAAAGUGCUUCACAAAGAUAGUAAAAUAAAAAAUAGACAGGUCAUAAAAUAUCAGAUUUAAAAGAAAAACGAUCGUUGUUGACCAUGUGACUCCAAAUCAAUACAGCAUUGUACAUGUAUACUGGACAAAUAAGACACACUUCUUACAAUGGGGUCCUAAUGCUUCUUUUUUAUGUGAAUAUUGUUGUUAUAACUCUUUGGUUUGUUAAUAAAAAAUAUUGAUUCCUUUCAA